UUAUUUUAUUCUAAAGUUUGCUAAUAUUUGAGGAAAGUCCUCUUCUUCCUCUUGAUUCUCCCGCCGCCGCCGCCGCCGCUGCCGCUUUUGUUGAUUAUUAGCUGCUUCAUUUCUCCUUCGUCAGUGGCAUAAUAACCCUAGCGAGCAGCUCAUUCUAGUCGAACUUUGGAGUGAUUCGCUAUCCAUUCCUGCAACUGAGUGCAGAGAGAUAGAGGGAGAGAGGAAGAGGAACCUUGGAUUUCGAUGGCAGGUGGAUCGGAAGUGGCUGAGACUACCCUUUCGUGUGUGAAAUGCGGCAAACCUGCACAACUUCAGUGCCCGAAGUGCAUGGAGCUAAAGCUUCCUCGUGAAGGAGCUGCCUUUUGCACUCAAGAUUGUUUCAAAGCAUCAUGGAGCUCGCAUAAAUCAGUUCAUUUGAAGGCAAAGUUGUCCUCACUUGGGCAAAAUUCUGAAUCAGUCAGUGAUGAUUGGCAAUACUGCCUGAAGAAAGGACAGGCGCGGACGCCUAAACUUCCUCAGUUUGACUGGACUGGAAGUCUGAGGCCAUAUCCAAUAUCUCCUAACAGCAUAGUCCCUGCGCAUAUUGAUAAGCCUGACUGGGCUCUUGAUGGAAUUCCAAAAAUUGAACCCAACAGUGAUCUGCAGCAUGUUGUCGAGAUCAAAAGCCCUCAACAGAUUGAGAAGAUGAGAGAAUGUUGUCGGAUAGCACGGGAGGUUUUGGAUGUGGCUGCUCGAAUGAUUCGACCCGGUGUGACAACUGAUGAAAUUGAUAAAGCGGUGCAUGAGGCGACUAUAGCUGCAGGAGGAUAUCCAUCUCCUCUUAAUUAUCACUUUUUUCCAAAGUCUUGCUGCACGUCAGUAAAUGAAGUAAUCUGCCAUGGAAUUCCUGAUGCAAGGAAAUUAGAAGAUGGUGAUAUUGUGAAUGUUGAUGUCACAGUGUACUACAAUGGUGUUCACGGUGAUCUCAAUGAAACAUACUUUGUGGGAAAUGUUGAUGAAACAUCUAAGCAAUUGGUACAGUGUACUUAUGAGUGCCUAGAGAAAGCAAUAGCCAUAGUAAAACCUGGUGUUCGAUUUCGUGAAAUUGGGGAAGUUAUAAAUCGGCAUGCCUCAAUGUCCGGGUUUUCUGUGGUGAAAUCUUAUUGUGGACAUGGUAUUGGAGAGCUCUUCCAUUGUGCACCAAAUAUUCCGCACUACGGAAGAAAUAAAGCAGUUGGUGUGAUGAAAGCAGGUCAAACAUUUACCAUCGAACCAAUGAUUAAUGCAGGCGUUUGGAGAGAUCGGAUGUGGCCAGAUGGAUGGACUGCAGUUACAACUGAUGGGAAACAUAGCGCACAAUUCGAGCAUACUCUCUUGGUGACUGAGAAGGGUGUUGAGGUUCUUACCGCAAGGUUGCCCUCAUCUCCGGACGUGUUUCCAUGGCUAAAGCCGUGAUGAUCCAUAGCCAUGUUGGCAAUGGUUGGGAAAGAUGGUUUUGUUCCGGAUCUCAUGGUAGAAUUAUUUUUCAAGAGAUGAACAAUUGAGCAAGGACUGCAAAUCAGGAUAACUUUUUUUUUUUUUUGACAAGUUCUGGAUUUUGAUAUCUUCAAUGUGUUCUGUAUUCAAUUCUUCUUUCGUUGGAAUGUUUCAGAGCUGUAGGCUGAACUCAUAUUGGACAUUGACAAAGGUGCAUCGAGUUAGCGAAAUCUUAAUUGAAAUGGAUGUAUGAAAUAAAGAAUUCGAUGCGCCUAUAAUCCUUUACUAGAUGUAACUUUUCUCAACAUAUUAUGUGACAUACUGAAAAAGAAAGUGCGAGUGAA